AUGGCUAUGGCUGCCGAUUCGGCCGCCAAUCACCACCUCGACGGCGUCAAUAGGAAAAGUAGUUUACCAUCUCCCUGGUCGAAGGUGGUCCGAGGGGCUGAACCAGAGGCCGUUCAUCAAUCGCCGCCAUCGUCGUCUUCAUCGUUGUCCUCGCUGGGAACCUCGACACCGGAGCAAACCCCUUUUUCCGAUUGCUCCGUAUCCUCCAAAGCUGCUCGUUCUUCGCCGCCGCCAUUGCCUCUGCCAACGGCGGAUGGUUCCUCAGCUGCUGAGGGUUCCAAUGGGAACAACGGCAAUGCGGCUAGGCCAAAGAAGCCGGCUUGGAACAAGCCCGCUAACGACGUCGUUGAGGUUAGUCCUACAACUGUAAUGGGGGCUGUUUCUUGGCCUGCUUUAUCUGAGUCCACUAGGGCUUCACCUAAAUUACCGGCUGAUUCCUCUUCAAAGACUGUCUCCGAUGCAACUGUCACCCAUGGAUCAAUCUCGGUUUCUCAGGCACCUGUUAUAACACAUUCACCCAACUCCAAAAGACAUUCUACGAAUAAUGCAAGCCCUAACUCCACAUCGAAUAAUGCAUUUCCAGCUCGACAAAGACCAUCAAAACGGGGUGGUGGUGGCAGCACUGGUGGUGGUCACGCACACAGCGGUUUUGGACACCCUCCCACACCGCCACCACCGCCACCAUUCCCUGUUUUCCCUAUACUUCCAAAUGGUUAUGGUAAUCUGGUACCAACGAUGCCUGAUCCUUCUUCAAGAGACCCUUCUUUUCGGGGAAACAGUUGGGAUGUUAGACCAGUUGGUGGGUUUGUGCCUCAAUCACACCAAGUAAAUGAUCAUCGCACUAAUUCCCGUAGGGGAAAUUUUGGCCCCCACCCCCGUGGAGAUGGUCCGUACCACAACAAUCACGGAGGCAAGCGUGACCAAGAUCGUGGAAAUUAUAUGAAUGCCAGGGAUGCCCACAUGCAUCAGCAUAGAGCUCCUCCAAGGGGCCUUGCAAGGCCUGCACCACCAAACACUGCUGCAUUUCCGCCCCAGCCUGCAAGGCCAUUUGCAAACCCCAUGGGUUUUCCUGGUGAGUUUGUUUAUAUCCCUACAUUGCCUUUGGAGACCAUGAGAGGCAUGCCAUUCAUUUCUCAAGCACCACAUCCUGCAAUGUUUAUUCCUGUUGCAGAAUCUCCUCUGCCUUCUUUAAUAGUCAACCAAAUAGAUUAUUAUUUCAGUGAUGCUAAUCUGAUAAAAGAUGACUUUUUGAGGUCAAACAUGGAUGUUCAGGGCUGGGUUCCCAUUUCUUUAAUAGCAAACUUUCCUCGGGUUAAGAGUUUGACAACCAACAUCCAAUUGAUAUUGGAUUCCUUGAGAGCUUCAAGUAUUGUUGAAGUACAUGAUGACAGGGUGAGGAGGCUUAAUGAAUGGAUGAAAUGGAUACCUGCUGGUAGUCAGCUUCCCUUUGAGUCAGGCUCAUCAUCACCUGGUGUAUUAAGUCAUAACACGCUUGCAACUUCUUUUGAGAAGAUGACAGUGGAGGAAGAGGCUCCUAGCCAAACUAACAUGACAGGUAAGCUAGAAUCAAACUCUGUGUCUAUUCCAGAGAGCUGUUCAACUGAGUCAGCUGGCCUGUCACAACUUCCCAAUGGGGAUGUUACCCAAACCAACCAUUGA